UGUUUAUUUCAUGGAUUGAGUGGUGAGUUAGCCUGAGAUAUGGACUCAAAUGCAGUGAUCAGUCAAUUGAAAGAUCAUAUCAUUACCAGUGAUUUGACACUCAAGACACUCAUCAAAGACAUAUUAGACUGCAAUACAACUGAUGGCGACUUAAAUUACUUGAUCUCAUGUGUCUCACAACGGAUCCGUGUCUACAAGAAGUCUAUCGAUGAUUUGGUGAAUACAUCGAAAGAGGUGUCAAAUGCAUCGACGAAGAAGUCGUUGGACGCAGAAAUCGAUGGCUUCCGCAACCAAUUGGAGGCAAACUCUAUAGCCCUGAGGAAAGCGAUCGCUUCCAGUCAGAAGUCCAUCACUACGAAGACAAGGGAACAGCUGUUUGGCACUGACUCUCAACAGACAGCUCUUAGACAGAGGAAUGGGUCGACAGUUAACAAUGAGGUGUUGGCCACCAAAUCGACGGCCAUUACGGAUAACCUGAAGACAGUGAGCCGUCUGUUGGCCUCUCAGGUGACCCAAAGUGAGCACACUUUGCAAACCCUGAUCGGCUCGUCAGCCACU